CGUUUGUAUUAGUUGCUAAUCAUCUGCAAGGAAAAAAGACGUUGCUAACCACAUACCCGAGUGACACCAAUAGCAGCCAAUAGUCACGGACGCGAAAUUCGGUAGGGCGGGCCAUCGCAACUCGCAUUAUUAAACUUGAGACUUCAGUCGUUUUGUCGUCUAGAACGGUGAGUUGUGGGCGAUUCUUCAGUGCAAUUGGUGACGGGUGUCUAGCAGUGUCUAGUUCGACAGUGCCGAUACCGCCAAUCCAUAUAACCAUUGAAUAGUUUCGGGACAAAAAUGGGUUCCCUAUUUCGAAGCGAGGAGAUGACCUUGUGUCAGCUCUUCCUUCAAAGCGAAGCAGCUUAUGCCUGCGUGUCCGAACUCGGAGAAUUGGGUCUUGUUCAAUUUCGCGACCUCAAUCCUGAUGUCAAUGCGUUCCAACGCAAAUUCGUCAACGAGGUACGAAGAUGCGACGAAAUGGAGCGAAAGUUGCGCUACUUGGAGAAGGAAAUCAAAAAGGAUGGUAUACCAAUGCUCGAUACAGGAGAAAAUCCCGAGGCACCUCAACCACGUGAAAUGAUAGAUCUGGAAGCAACUUUUGAGAAGCUAGAAAAUGAACUCCGUGAAGUAAACCAAAAUGCAGAAGCUCUAAAACGUAAUUUUCUAGAACUUACCGAGCUCAAGCACAUACUUAGGAAGACUCAGGUCUUCUUUGACGAGGCUGAGCACGGAGGUGUCGUGUCGCAGAUGGCAGACCCAAGCCGCGAGGAAGAGCAAGUCACCCUGCUCGGCGAAGAGGGCCUCCGCGCUGGCGGCCAGGCUCUUAAGCUCGGUUUCGUCGCUGGAGUUAUUCUGAGAGAACGCAUUCCAGCAUUUGAGCGUAUGUUGUGGCGUGCUUGCCGUGGAAAUGUCUUCUUGCGCCAGGCUGAAAUCGAAACUCCACUCGAAGAUCCCUCAACAGGUGACCAGGUGUUCAAGUCUGUUUUCAUCAUAUUCUUCCAAGGGGAUCAGUUGAAGACUCGCGUUAAGAAAAUUUGCGAAGGUUUCCGGGCUACCUUGUACCCAUGUCCCGAAGCUCCAGCCGACCGACGUGAAAUGGCCAUGGGUGUAAUGACCCGUAUCGAAGAUUUGAAUACUGUCCUUGGACAAACACAAGACCACCGGCACCGAGUUUUGGUUGCUGCUGCCAAGAAUAUAAAAAAUUGGUUUGUCAAAGUCCGAAAAAUCAAAGCUAUCUAUCAUACACUGAAUCUGUUUAACUUGGAUGUCACUCAAAAGUGUUUGAUAGCUGAAUGUUGGGUACCAGUAUUGGAUAUCGAGACAAUACAACUUGCCUUACGUCGAGGAACUGAACGCAGCGGUAGUUCAGUACCUCCCAUUCUAAAUCGUAUGGGUACUUUUGAAGAUCCACCAACGUAUAACAGAACCAAUAAGUUCACCAAGGGCUUUCAGGCGUUGAUCGAUGCCUAUGGUGUUGCCUCGUAUAGGGAAAUGAAUCCUGCUCCAUACACCAUAAUUACUUUUCCCUUUUUAUUCGCUGUCAUGUUCGGUGACACCGGUCACGGACUCAUUAUGUUUCUGUUUGCCGGAUGGAUGGUCCUGAAAGAGAAACCACUGGCUGCUAAGAAAUCAGAUAACGAAAUUUGGAAUAUUUUCUUCGGUGGUCGUUACAUUAUGUUUCUUAUGGGACUGUUUUCGAUGUACACGGGUCUGAUCUACAACGACAUUUUUUCGAAAUCUUUCAACAUAUUCGGAUCGUAUUGGACUAACAAUUAUAAUUUCACUACGCUCAAAGGCAGCGCGUCUUUGCAGUUGGAUCCGAACGGUACAGCUUUCUACCAGCACCCAUAUCCAUUGGGAAUGGAUCCAGUCUGGCAGUUAGCUGAAAAUAAAAUCAUAUUUUUCAACUCCUACAAGAUGAAAAUUUCUAUAAUCAUUGGCAUAAUUCAUAUGUUGUUCGGUAUAUCCGUCGGCCUGUGGAAUCAUCUGUACUUCAAAAAAUUGGACAACAUCAUCACGCAGUUUAUACCUCAAAUUAUCUUUCUCUCCUUCCUCUUCUUAUAUAUGGUCAUUCUUAUGCUCAUCAAAUGGAUAAAUUACGGACCCACAAAUGAUGAACAAAGUGGACCACACUGUGCCCCCUCGGUACUCAUCACGUUCAUCAACAUGAUAUUGUUCAAAGAAAAUACACCACCUGUAGGAUGUAACAGUGAUUGGAUGUACGCUGGACAAAAACAUCUUCAGAGGCUAUUAGUCAUUCUUGCGCUACUUUGUGUUCCAUUCAUGCUCGUGGCUAAACCAAUCCUGAUUAUGAGAAAUAGGAAGAAGCAGCACUAUCAGUUGAACAACCACGGGACUGAAAAUGGAGAUGUAGAAGGAGCUGGUGGAGCUGCCGCUCCAAAUCCAGGGGCCAUCCAAGGAGGUGGUGGCCACAAAGAGGAAGAGGAAGAGAUGUCGGAGAUAUGGAUCCACCAAGGAAUUCAUACCAUUGAAUAUGUUCUUGGCAGUGUUUCUCAUACUGCUUCAUACCUUCGACUCUGGGCCUUGUCACUUGCCCAUGCACAGUUAUCAGAGGUGUUAUGGAACAUGGUAUUGCGAAAUGGAUUGGCCAGAGAAGGCUGGCUUGGCGGCAUAAUGCUGUGGGCAGCUUUUGCACUCUGGGCUGUCCUUACCAUUGGUAUUCUUGUUCUUAUGGAAGGGCUUUCCGCCUUUCUUCAUACACUGCGUCUUCAUUGGGUGGAAUUCCAGAGCAAGUUUUAUUCCGGACUUGGUUACAGUUUCACGCCAUUUUCGUUUGAAAUUAUACUGGACACCGCUCAAGCAACAUCCGAGGAUUAAAAUGACCCAGUUUACUUAAAACUUAUCUCUCACGUUCUCACAUGUAAUAAUAUGUAAUUUGUCUAGAUGUAACAGGUUGUAGGCUGAGUCCAGUUAACCACGCAUCUUGAAAUAAAUGUUGACAGAUCAGUAAUUAUGAUAAUAUUAAACAAUACUAACAAAUGAACAAUUUAGAUUAUUAUUUAAUUAUGGAACCACAAACACGUAACACGGGUUAAUUAUCGUCAUUAUAGACACAAUUCGAAUCUGUAAGUGGGUAAUAGAUAAUUUCUAUUUAGAGAUAAUUAGGUAGAGAAACGUUAAAAUUGUACCCUAAAAUUUAUUGGUGUUCUGUAUUUGUAGGCGAUUCAAAAUAAAUCUCAUAAGCUACACCCAAAA